AUGCCUCCCAAACGCAUGACCGCGAAUCCUAUUAAAGCUCCCAGAUAUCGCCCUGGGAAACCCCUCGCCGAAGAACCCUCCUCCGACUCAGAAGCCAGUUCCGAAGAAGACGCCGAAUCCCCAGCCCCUCAAAGCAAACCAAUUCCCGCGCCGCCAAAAGUAUCCACAGCCGCAGGCAUCACAAGCAAUCUAAGCAAAGUCGAUCUCAAUGAGCGACGGAAACAAGCCAUCGCGAGGGAGGCUUCGCGAUUAGAAGAGGAAAAGGCUCUGAAGGCAAAAGAGGAAGAGGGAUUCGUGACGGAGUCCGAAGAGGAAGAGGAAUCUGGAUCGGAAGAUGGGAGCGAGGAUGAACAGGAUGAAAGUAGCGAGGAGGAGGAGGCGCCGAGGAGGGUGAUGAUGCGACCUACGUUCAUUAAGAAAGAUAAACGGAGCCAACUUGCCGGUAAUGGUGGCAUAGGAGCUGGCUCCAAAGAUACGAAGACCGAGGAGGAAUUAGCUGCAGCUGAAGAAGCAAGGCGGAUAGCCGCAGCGAAUGAAAUAGUCGAGGAGCAAAUUCGAAAAGACCUUGCAGCUAAAGAGGCGGGCAAACGGAAUUGGGAUGAUGAAGAAGAUGAGGGCGAUGACGUUGAUGAUACCGAUGAUAUCGAUCCUGACGCCGAGUACGCGGCAUGGAAGUUACGAGAACUCAAACGCAUCAAGCGGGAACGGGAAGCUAUUGAAGAGCGCGAGAAGGAGAUCGAGGAGAUCGAGCGCCGGAAGAACCUCACCGAGGAAGAGCGGAAAGAGGAAGAUGAUGCGUAUCUAGCGAAGCAGAAGGAGGAGAGCGAGGGCAAGGGAAAGAUGGCAUAUAUGCAGAAAUAUUACCACAAAGGGGCCUUCUUCCAGGAUGAUCUGAAGGCCGAGGGGCUAGAUCAGAGGGAUAUUAUGGGCUCGAGGUUUUUGGAUGAUGUUCAGAAUCGGGAGUUGUUGCCGCAGGCGCUGCAGAUGAGGGAUAUGACUAAGUUGGGUAAGAAGGGCGCAACGAAGUAUAAGGAUCUGAAGAGCGAGGAUACAGGCCGAUGGGGUGUGUUUGAUGACCGCCGGAAAGGCGGAGGUGGAUUUGGUGCUGAUGAGAGGUUUAUGCCCGACAGAGAUAGGGGAGGACCUGGAGCUAGUGGUUCGAAUAGCGUGCCUGUUGGUGACCGGAAAAAGGUUGUUGGUGCCCCCGAGGGACCCAGAGCUUUACGGGAAGGCGGUGACAGCAGAGAUGGAGACCAUUAUCGCCCUAGAGGGGGUAAAGCAGACAGUGCACGCUCACGAUCACGGUCACGGUCAAGGUCUAGAUCACCAAGUCGGCAGAGGCAUAACGAUGAAAGGAGCCGGAGGAAAAGAUGUACAUCCAGGGAUCUGGAUCGUUAUGAGGGCGACAAGCGUCGAAGAAUAGACUCUAGAUAG